AACAAGUAGUUUUAGUAUUUUUUAAAUAACCUAUUUUUCAAUAACGUAUUUACUAUUUGAACAGCAGUACUCCCUACAUUUUAAUGAAUUUAAUAAUAUUCUGAGAAAUAUCGAUGAACCACAUUUAAAAGCAUCAAAACGAUGCAUUUGAAGGCAUGUAGGCGACAUGAGAGGGUUUAUCUUGCGUGGAUUUCUAACUAAAAGAGAUAGUCUUUGGUAUCCUGAAUGGAUAUAUGUCUCAUUUGUGUGUCUGUGUAGAGAAAGCUAGCAUAGCUGUUGCGCCUGCUGAGGAAGGAACACAAGGGGACCAGGAUCAGUCUGCCAUGUCAUCUGACCAGCUUACAAGUUCUUUACCAGUACUUAAUUGUCAACCUGAUCACCAUGACUACAGAAUCACAACGAGCAUAGGGCAAGGAUUUGAUGGAUUUGCUAAAAUCUAUGUUGCUCUUCAUAAGCCUUCUUCAACAUUUAUUGUUGUUAAAAAAACCAAUGUUGACUUUCAAAGCUCACACCAGCUACAGGAUUUGGAGCAUGAAGUGAAAAUAUUAAGGUCAUUACAUCAUCCUAACAUACUACCUUUAUAYAGCGCCUUUAUAUCUAGUCAAGAACUGUGGACUGUAUUCCCCUUAAUGUCGUAUGGGUCCUGUACAGAUGUUUUAAUGGGCAGUUUUCCAGACGGAAUGCCAGAAGUGCUUAUUUCAUGUAUAUUAAAAGAAUUGUUCCAAGGUUUGGAAUAUUUACAAAGAAUGUCAAUCAUCCACAGAGGAAUCAAAGGGGGGCAUGUUCUUAUUGGAACAGAUGGUAUGGUUUGUUUAUCAGGAUUUAGAAAUUCUGUAAAACUUGAUCCUCACACAAAUACAUCAGGUGUAGCAUUUGAUGUUCCACUGCAUGCAAUAGAUGUCUUACCAUGGAUGGCUCCAGAGAUAUUACAACAGGACCUACAAGGAUACCAUUACACAGCUGAUAUWUAUAGUGUUGGUAUUCUGGCAAUUGAACUGGCUCAUGGUACUGUACCAUAUACUGGACACCCUCCAACCAAGAUUCUCUUGGAAAAGUUACAAAACCCUUCACCACGUCUCGGAGAUGCUCCCCAAGAUAUGUCUGAUACUUCCACCAUAGGCACAGAUUCUACAACAACAACCACUACAACUACUACAACAAAUACAGCAUUAGAAGCAAAAGACCCUUCGUCCAGCAGAGCACCCAAAAAGUUUUCUUCCACAUUCCACCAAAUCGUUGACACUUGUGUUCAGAGAGACCCUCAUAGCAGGCCGUACGCAGGCACUUUGCUAGGUCAUUCGUUCUUUAAACAGGUUAAAAAGAGAACAAGAGACUUAAUUCCAGAGUAUUUAUCUGAUGUACCAUUACUAACACAUCGACAAGAUGAAAGGUCGYUAGAACAAGAUUUGGAAUCCAUUUCUGCUGCWAAUUCUUUGGCAUCGAUGACACUUGAUGAAUGGGUAUUUUAGACGAUUACUGCAUAUUCUGAAAAACAUAAUAACUGACCAUCAUGUAUCUUUUGCUGGAAGUCAAMGAGUGUGAACUAUACGUUAUUGUACCUACUACUUCUUUGCUGGUGAUAUGUUGAUAAGUAGUAACGUGGACGAAAAAGAAAAGCAAGACUCUGCCCAAGAAUGCAUCACAUGCAUUGACAAAGUAAGCUAUACUGGUGUAACCAAGUAGAUCUUAGCAAACAUUACUAUACUUUUGUCCCAACUAAGUUGGUACUUUUUCAUAAAAACAAACGGUAGUUUUCUAGGAAAGCUGAUAGAAUUCCUGGAAACUAUUGUCAUUCGCUGGACGUCUAUGAAUCUGGUAUCUUUUAGAAGAUUGAGAGGAAUUCAGAUAUAGACUGUUUGAGGUAAAUUUCCAGAUCUUGUUUUAUCUGUAUUGUCUGUCUAGCAGGCAACUCAUGGGGACUGGUGAGGAGAUAUCAAAGGAAGAUUCUUCUCCGAAACUGUAUACCAAAAACAGGAAUUUCACUUAGCAUGUGCGAUACCGCUGACUUCCGAGGACUCAAAACGGGAUAUUUAUCCUAAUCAAAAGCAAGUUUUAAAUGUAAUUUAUUUACUCAUUGAUGAAAUCAUUAUAUAAGGUACUCUUAUAGCCUUGCACUAGUUUCUAUGAUCCAUAAGGAUACUGUUGCAGCGAGCAGUUCUUUUCUUUUGAAAAAUGAUGUUUGUAUUACAUAUGGUUAACAUCACAUGAUCUCGAUUGCAAGACUGAACAGGCUACGCUACAGGAACUUCGUGAAGUGUUGCAUGUAGGUAGCAAUAAAUCUAGAGAGAAACAAACACGUUUCCUCAUAGCCACCAUGCUGGAUAAGGAUCGCAAAGCAUUGGUGAUAAUUUAUAUCAACAUGGCGGCGAUAGUUGCUCAGUCUCUUGUUGUUCGUGUGUUCACACAAGACUUGCAUAUGUCGCAUAUAUAUCUUCAAGUAAUAUUAUAUAGUAUGGUCAAUAACGGUACAAUAUCCAUAUAGGUGUGACCUAGUUUAGCACAUGUCCGGCAUGGUGGCACCACCCUAUUUAGAUGAAACAUAGUUAAUAAUAACUAUGGAUGAAAUGUGUCCAUGCAUGGGGGCAGUAAUAACCUUAAGGUUGACCAACGAGAAAUAUUGUCUAUAAAUGAUAAAUAGAGACUCAACGAACCAUAAGAAGCGAAUAAACACCGCGACWGUACGACGCCAACUAGAAACCUCGUAGACCUGCACCACUGGUCGACUCCAACAGGACCUUGUGUUGUUCAGUAUUGAAUCAACCUCCCUAAAAAACUACAGCUGUAGGUUCAUCGAUUAGAUUAUAAAUCAGAGUAAUUUGUAGCCCUAGUAAGUGCCAAACAGAUGCUCCUUCGACUUAUGAACUUGCCAGUUGCCGGCCGUGCCUGCGUCACAAGCCUGUGAUUAUCAAAUCUAUCUAUACGCACGGCAAUGGAGAGUAAGCUCUAGUUUUUGCUAUUAAAAAUCAUAUUUAAAAACUCAUAUUUACCGAACUAGACAUAUGCAUACAUGGUUCGCUUUUARAUUCGUUUUAUUUGAACUUCGGCUUGUGAACUUCCAAAGCUUGUCGCUCGCAAAUAUCUAARGAGAUGACGGGUUUAUAGAAUUUCAUAUGACAAACUUCUAAGGCGUUGAAUUUAGACUCUUAGUCAGCUACCCGCGUAGUUUGUACAAGGCAAAACAGUCACAAAUUCGUUGUUGUCAGUUUCAUUUGAUACCGUAACUCUUUCAUGUCGUUCAUAAAUAACUGUAUAUAUGCUGAACACCGCUUUCCUUGACAUCAAACUAAAUCUCAAUUUCAAAAUGGUGAUCGCGCGCGCGAGGUAAUAUUAUUCGAACUCAAUUUCUUCUAAUUCCUGUUUUAAGGAAGGUUAUAUGCGGAAAGCUAAAAUAAAACCAUUAUAAUGACACUUUAGUCUUUCUCUUUUCAAACAGCGUGACGUGGAGGUUUAUUUCAAAAGACUUCGCGUUGUUCGUUUAACACAAUUGUCUGAAAAAAAAAUACCUAAAAUCGUUUACGCCUUUUCCUUUGGAAUARAGGUAUCUGAUCUUGAAAAACGAUCCCUGUAAAGUGUUUAUAUCUAUUUCAUGAUAAACUUCUAAUUCCGUACGAAAUAGAAAAGAAAAGGCCAUGUUACUGGAUCGCUUGAAAAUGAAGCCUGAUCUAUAAUGAUUCCAAAGAAAGUUCAAUAGCUCAGCCAUUCAAGUCAUUUCCUUGAUGUAUAGACAUACCUUGUAGUUUGGAUAUAGGUUUACAUAACAAAUCAUGUUUAUUCGAAUCUCCUGAAAGUAAGACGUACCGCGAAACACAGCAUGGCUGGARCUCAACGCUGUGCUCCGUGGGAGAGUUUAAAACUGAGAAUAAUUUUAUGGAAUAACAAUCGUAAUAUCCACCAGCUGACACCACAGUCAACUCACGCAAAGAUCAUUGGGCCCUAGUCGAGUAUUGCCCAGUAUUGGYCAUUAUUUUAUCGUUUAAUUUUCCUUGCCAUGACUUGUUUUUAUCAGUAAACACGGCUUGACUGUAGUUUGUCUUUGAUUUAUUUACAUUUUGAUACCGAUGGGGACAACAUGUUAAAAUUUAGUUUUCAUUUCUUAAAUUUCUAUUUUUURUUUUGUUAGACCAUCUUCAUUUCAUUUUACUACCAUCGUUACAAUCAUUUUUUGUAAAGAUUUCAUUAGAUCACAAUCAAGACUAGAAUUUCAGCUCCCUAGUCACGUUUCCUUAAAUUAAACUAUAACCGGACAGCCAUUUMACAUUGCGUACGUUUCAACAGACUGUGUGUGGGGUGGCUACAGUCGAUKCCCCUACUAUUCACUACGGGAUUUUAUAUAAAUAUUUCCAACGCUCAAGAAUUAAGCUAUCGUCGUUUUGUUAUCAUCUCGAUUUCUCGACUAAUUGCAGACCACUCGCCCUUAUUGUAAAGAAAGAAUUGAUGAAAAGCGUAUCCGGCGCUUCCGCUUAUGAAAGUGAAAAGAAAAUGGAAGCGUCGUUUUUAAGACUUAUAAUCGGCUUUCCAUACAAACAGACAAACAACUCAAAGAAAGAUUACCAGUCUAGCAAAAUAAKAUGCUAAAACCUUGUGCGUCAGUUUAAAAGCGUUUAAUGAAAUAAAUCCCGACAAAAACGUUAUAUACCCGAAUUAAUAAGAAAAAUUACUCGUUAUUAAAAUGAAGAUUGUACAGAAGAUAAAUAUAUGAAAACAUUUCAACCAUGUACGUGUUUUGUUUCAAACAAUUUUKAUAUUUGAAUUGCCAUCCGAACGCAUUCUUAUUGUUGUGUGGCUGUACGUUUUUUCUCACAAACCUCCUCGGWAACGAUAAUUUGCUCUAAGGAGAAGGAAGAUUAGUAUCGCCUUUUAUUUCGAAUUUUACAGAAAUGUAAACAAAUAUGACUUGGUAGAUAUCGAGAAUAGUAUGACAAUCUUUUUAUCAAAGGACAAAGAAAAUGCUCGGUGGAUCUCUUUCCCUCGGGCAAUCACUCUACGAGGACAGGUUAAUAAUAAAUAUCCAGCAAAAAUGAAUAAAAUGGAAUAUAUUUUUGACAAUCUGGGUUAAUAGAAGAAAACAACAGGAAUAAAUUCUUAAAGUUUUAUUUCAGCAAAUAUUAAAGUAGUUCUAGGAAUGCUACAAUACUAUUGUAGAAAUACUUAAAUAAGAGAAAUAAAUAAAUCGAUACAAUAGAAGCAAUAAUUCUCAUUUGCCUCCCACACUUAACUAAAUUGCUAUAUUUAAACUAAAGGAUAGAAUUUCAUGAAGGAAAAACACGAAAACAACCUACUUCUAUUAAUUUUUAUAACCUUUCUCUUUUUCUCUUUUCUUUAUAAAAUUAUUUUAAAGCGCCUUUUCAAGAACUUCCUCAAAUGUGGCAUUUAUUUUUGAUUAAAAAAUACACAAGACGUAUGCAGAUGCACGAAUAAGAGCGAUUUUUUUCGUUUCUAAUGUUAUUGUCAAAGCAGGUUUUCCUCCUGAAUUUACUAGUCCAUUAGCACGGACUUAAUCGCAAAAAUACACAAAAAAUGGACGUAAUCAAUGAUGUAAGAACCAGUGUUUACAUAGMCGAAGGAUUUGUGAUUAUAAAUAUAAGAAGCGUGUAAAAU